GGGAGGGCAACUAACGCUUCGUUUUCAUCGCAGAAUCAUAAACCCGCGGUAUCGUUUCCAUCGAGCAAGUCAAACUAGUCUUGACUCACUGUCAGUUCGACUCAAAUCCCGGCGUAAAUAGGGACCAAUGUAAUUAACCUGUGACGUGUUUACGUUCUACAAGUGAUCAGGAACAGAAGGUCAAGGACUUGGGAAUAUCAAGGUUGAUUAAUUCCGUCAAUUAGUAAACACAAUGGGGAAUGUCUUGGAAGCGUGCACGUCAUGCUGUAAGGAUCAGUCGACUUACGAGGACCUCACACCUGAUCCGGAAACAAGGAGACAGCAACAAGUUGCAGCCGCUGAGAAACGAGCUCAGGAGCAGGAAAGACGGGGAAUUGGUGAUAUACAUGCUGUCAAGCGUCAGCAACAUCAAACUGAAAAACGAGAGAAACUCGAAACCGAGAUAUCGAAUGUGGAUACAGAAACUGGAUUGAAGUGGCAAGUGAAUUGAAAUAUCAUCAUCAACCUCAAGUACAUCGCUGCACGCAAUGUGAAACUGGAUAGGUAAUGGUGUAUGUAUUGUGAGUACAUGAGAAUUCAAAAAAAUAAUUCAAAGUUAUAUGCGAUGAGUCAAAACCAUCAGAAUUGUAGUUGCUAUAAAAUACUCCAGCGACGUGUGAAAUUGAGGAUACGUAAAUGUUUCAUCAGCAAACUGUUGAUUCUGCUAAUUCUAUAAACCAUUUUGUUAAUCUGCAUAUUCUAUCCGAUAUUGUUAAAUGGACUAAUUGCUGUGAGGAGUUGUGAUUGAACAGAGUAUCUUGAAUAAGUUUAUUCCUAUUUACUUUUAAGAAUUACUCACGAUUUACUGAUCAUUGUGUAGCGUUUUUAUAAGAUAAUUUACGAAGGUUCUUACACGGAGAAAAAAUUUCAGGAAAAAUUAUGUGACAAAACGUAGAAGUGACGGGAAAUGCGCUUGCGGGAAUUUUUGCAUAAACCACGGCGAAAAAUACGAAAAGAAAACGCAAUUUUUCCUCUAAAUUGUGAAUAUUUUAUGUGUUAAAAGGUAAUUUUUAUGUGAUUUCCAUACUAUUUAUUUCUCAACUUUUUUCUCCGUGCAAGUAAUCCUUCAAUAUCACAUUAUUAUCAUCGAAAUACGAGAAUACUUACGAAAUGUUUAGCAAGACAUUUUUACCACCAUAAAAAUAAUGGAGGAUUAAAUUAUGAAUUGUAUUGUGCCUACAUCACUUGUUUUAUUAUACAGAUUGCACCCCAAAUAUUUGUAUUGGUUAGAGUCAGACAUCAACGCCGUCGUUGUAUUCAAUUUAAUCUAAUUCAAGUGUUAUUUUAGUUAUUUUUUGCUUAAAAAGAGUGGGUAAAUAAUACGUCAAAUUAAUAUAUUGUUUAAUGCAUUUUAAUUAUUUAUUGAAUGGUUGUAAUGCAGACAGUACGAGCCUUUCAGGCGCAUAUAAAUCUAUCGAUGAUAAUUACGAAAUAUUAAUAUAUUCCAAUCGUAAUUUGUAAUUUUUAUUUGAUACUGUUAAGGCAGUAGAUCAAAUACACCUUACACGAAUGAUAAAAGGAAAUAUAUACAAUUAAUGACAAAUAGUUGAUGAUUCGUGUAUGAACGAAUAUUUAAUCGUCUCUUCCUAGUUCAUAAUUUAAAGUCAAUCAUCGCAUAGCGAUAAUAGGAAUGAACACAACUACCGGAAUUAAUGAAACAACUCCCCACAACCAAACUAAUAUCCCGAAUGUCUCGUAUGAUUUUUUUUCCCGAAAAAUAAAACUCGAGUGAAUUAAAGACUCGAGUAAAAUCGUACGGAGAUUCAAAUUACCAACCUAAACUGAUGCAGACAAUAAAAAUAAACGACAUGCUGGUUG